AUGAAUCCAUCAGAUGCAUCUUCAGUUUCUAACGAUCUACGACUUCCUGGUGAGAAGUAUGUAACGCUUUCCGAUGGUCGACAAUUAGCAUAUACUGAAACAGGUGACACAAGUAGUGAUAAAAUUAUCAUCUUCUUUCAUGGAGUAUUCGGUGUGGGUGACGCAUCGAUUGAAACGAAGCUUUACCAAGAUAUAGGGUAUCAUUUCAUUGCUCCUACACUUCCUGGUUGGGGCAAUAGUUCACCAUGGCCUGAAAAUCAANGAGAAGUAUGUGACACAAGUAGUGAUAAAAUUAUCAUCUUCUUUCAUGGAGUAUUCGGUGUGGGUGACUCAUCGAUUGAAACGAAGCUUUACCAAGAUAUAGGGUAUCAUUUCAUUGCUCCUACACUUCCUGGUUGGGGCAAUAGUUCACCAUGGCCUGAAAAUCAAUCGAUUUCAAAAUAUCCCAACGAUAUUCAUCAACUAUUAGCAUCUUUGAAAAAAAAUGAUUAUAAAAAUCUACGAAUUACUGUUGCAGGUGGCAGCUAUGGAACUGUUUUCGCUCAAAUAUGUUUUGGCACAUCCACCGAUGUAAUGCCUGAAGCUAACAAUGUUGAAUCCUUACUUAUUUGUUCGAGCUUUUCUCCGUUUAAAUACCAUCGAGAAUAUACAACUGGAAUGAGUUGGUUAAAUUAUUUUGGAGUUGGCAUGCCAGCUAUUUAUUUUCCGUCUAUUAGAAGACUUAUGGGAUCAUUUAUUCAAAAGAAAACUCGGAAUAUCGAUGAAGCGAAAAAUUUCUUGCGAACACAUAUAUUUGACCAAAUGGAUAAUGAAGAAAAGACUAAACUGCGAAAAUGGGAGGAGGAAAGAAAUAAACCAUCGGAAUGGGUUCUCAAUGUGAUGGCAAGAAACAUGUGCUUGAGUAUUUCUAAAACAAUCAUUGGAUUCAAUACAGUUGCACAUGUUUUACAUGAGGACUGGGGUUUUGAUCCGCAAAAACUCCCAUCAUUACCAAAGCGAAAAGUGUUGAUUAUAGCUGGAAAAGAAGAUAAAUUAGCUCAUAUGGAAAUGUCGACAUAUCUGGCGGAAAGUUAUCCAAAUGCAGAACUUCGAAUUCUUGAUGGUGGUCAUUUGGCAUCAUUUUAUGAAAUCAAUGAAAUUAUUAAAAAUUGGUUGACAAAUCUUGACAAAGAGCUAAAUGCAUAA